ACUUGAAUGCUAAUUUGGUCGGGUUGAUUUGCGAUAAUGUGCAAUCCCAUGCAUGAUAGUGUUAACGUACUGCACUGUUCUAGUCACAAUGGAUAAAGAAAUGUAUAAAAAUGUGCAUAUAGAUUUUUUGCCGUUUGUAUUAGCAUCUUAGCUGCAUUUUAACAACCUCGUGGUAUGGCCUGAACCAUUUACUCUUUCACAAGGGCGAAGGAAGGUCCCCAGAGGGCCUCAGAUAUAUUUUAUGGAUGGAAAGUUAGAGGAUAAGACUACUAAAUCUCCCAAAAGUUUGCUUAUUUAUUUACAACGUCAAAUUGGAGCCUGAAAAAAAAAACAUUACUUUCCAGACAGGAGUUGCCAGUUCCACUUAUUCCCCCCUACAAUCAGUAUAACUAACUGGAGACGUGGCUGUCAAGGUCUCCGCGUCAAACAUCAGAACGAGGGGGAAAAUCUCAGUGACUUUGACUGUAGAACGUUUAUAACAGUGUCUAGUUUACACAGAGUGGUGCGAAAAACAUCCGGCGAGCAGCAGUUCUGCCAGUGGAAACGUCUUUUUGAUGGAAGACCGGACUGGUUCAGGAAGGCUACGGGAACUCAAUAACCACUCUUUACAACCGUGUGUUUCCGGGAUAGACUCCGGAUCCACCACAACCUGGUCAAGGAUAAAGCGGUGACUGAAAGGUGCACGCGGAACCGGGUUUCGUGCAGCCGCCGUUGGACUGGAGAGCUCGAGGCCACUCUGCGGCGUAAAUUAAAGGAGGUGAAGGUGUGAUCUAGAUAUAAAGUCAGGACAGGAAAGAGGAAAAGCGAAGGUCCAUGCUGACCUUGGGUUCGGCGGACGUUCACCUCGUCUGAACAAGAGAUUUUUCCCAAGCAGGUUUUAUGACGGAAAGUGAGUUCUUAUUCCCAGAAGUGCUAAGAGGAAAUCUCCAUCAUGAACGCAGGUAGUGAAAGUCAUUUGUCAGAUUCUGAUGGUUGGCGGUCUCGCAGUGUGACAGACAGAUUGAGGAAUGGCGAUACGAGCAGCUCCACUCUGACAGCUAAAGGUUACCGGAGCGUUCGUCCCAACCUGCAGGACAACAGCAGUCCCGUCCCGGUCCCGCUGCCGCCCCCUCGGAGAGAGAGCUAUCACAUGACCCCUAACCCUCCACCUUAUAGCUCGCUUGUUCCCUCCGGUUCUUACGCCGUCAAAUCCAGCUCCUCGUCCUCCUACUCGUAUUCUGAGACUACUCGCGCUACCAGCACCGGCUCAGAUAUCUCCCCAGAGGCUAAUGCUAAUGCUAAUGCUAAUAACUUUAUUAGCCAGCUCCUGGAGCGAAAGGUGUCCUCUCUCAAAUUUGCUAACGAAGGAUCCAACGCAGUCGCUGCUAAUGCUAAAACCAGUGCAGGUGUAACCAACAGUACUAACAUGAAUCAAUUAUGGGCUAACACUAACAUGGCAAAGGUCAUGAACCCUGGUUCACCUGAUAGUCCACCAUCCCCACCACUACGUACACACUCCAAAUCCCCUGCUACAACACACACAGCCUCUCUCUCCAUUCGGAUAGCCCCUAAAGGUUCGGAAUACCAUCCUGAAUCUGGACUCCAGUCGGGAUUCGGAUCCGUAAGGCAGGAUCCUGCUGGGCCAAGCCCCAAAGUGCCACCUAGACCAGCGGGCGAUGUGGUGCGUGACGUAUCCCCACCAAGAGGUACCGCCGACUUCGUUUGUGGGUCAUCCUACAGCUGUACAAGUCAGGACUCACCUGACUUCCUGUCCGGGCCGAACGCUUCGUCACCAUCUCUUUCGGCCCUGAGCCACUAUUCAUCAUCAACAGCCGUCCUCGAAGAACUGCAGAUCUGCGCUGUGGACUCGGCCGAGGCCACGCCCACCCCCUCCCCCACACUCAGCCACGCCUCUGUUACCCAUGAUGAUGUCCCUCCACCCACUGCUUCAGCAACGGCUGCUGAUACUAACGGUCAAAUGGCGGUAAAUGGAAGCGCGCACUCACAGAGGCCAUUCUCUCCUCCAGCACAACGUCCUCCUCCACCGGUCUUUAGUCCCGGACUCGAGCACUUCCAGCAGAUGAGACACUCGGAAGGUUCAGAGUCAGUACAGAGGGAGUCGGUGUCAGUGGGUGAGACGUCGUUCAGCAGCGUGACUCCUGUGGCUCGUUUCUCAGAGGAGGAAAAGAAAGUUUCAGUGAUCAAAGCACCUCAUUACGAGGGCAUCGGGCCUGUGGACCAGUCGGGCCUCCCCCUCGCUAUUCGCACGACUGUAGACAGGCCUAAGGACUGGUACAAGACCAUGUUUAAGCAAAUCCAUAUGGUUCAUAAAGCAGAUGAUGACUAUGCAGACACAUACGGUGCUACCUACGCUGUUGUGAAUAACGAGAACUUCGACCCCGUCCACGCCCACCCGCCACCUCGGACACACACGUACCGGCCUCUGUCCCAAAACCCCAACGAGCCCGGCAGAGCUCCGCCCCCGCGAGAUUCCAGCCCUGUCCCGCCUCCGCCCCCGCCCAUGCCUUCGCUCCUGCAGCUGCGCUCGCAAGACCUCGACCGCGAGAAAGAGCAUCCGCACGAUCCAAAUGAAUGGAGUCCCCCAGAUCGUAAAGUGGACACACGGCGGUAUCGCGCCGAGCCACGUAGUAUCUUCGAGUACGAACCGGGCAAAUCCUCCAUCCUGGAGCACGAGAGACCGAGUUUCGAUUUAGAAGCAGAUGAGAUAGAUUUAGAGAACGAGCCGUGGUUUAAGUUCUUUUCAGAGCUGGAGUUUGGCCGGCCGCCUCCUAAAAAGAGGCUGGAUUACACGCCUGACUGCUCCACCCACUCCCGCGCCCAGACCUCUCUCUAUCUCUCAUCCUCCGAGCGGCCUGAGAGUGCCUCCAGUGACUACAGGAAGAGACGGAAGUCGGAGCCGUUUGUCACUCAGCAGAGCACAGGAAAUGAGCAGAAUGCUGGUCCAGUCUCGAAACUCGAGCCCUAUAAAUCCAGCAGUCUGAAGAAACCUACCGUACGUUCCUCGCCUUCCUCUCCAGCAAAAGCAAAAGAUCAGGGCUCUGAUGCUGGUCGCCUCACGCCUCAGAUCAGAAAACCAACUCCAGAUCGAGAGGUGUCCUCUAAGCAGAUGACAUAUCUCAUAUUGUCUUCUCUUCUUCAUCAGAGACAGUCUGCCAGGGCGAUUUACGAUUUUAAAGCUCAGACCAGCAAAGAGCUCUCUUUUAAGAAGGGCGAUGCGAUCAACAUCGUCAGACAGAUCGACAGCAACUGGUAUGAAGGAGAGCACAGAGGACGCAUCGGGAUAUUCCCUAUUUCUUACGUCGAGAAAGUCGUGUCUCCGGAGAGGAAGCAGCCGGUGCGUCCUCCUCCUCCAGCCCAGCUCCGGGAGAUGGGAGAGGCCGUGGCUCGCUACAACUUCAACGCCGACACCAACGUGGAGCUUUCACUCAGGAAGGGAGAGAGAGUGAUCUUGCUGAGGAAAGUUGAUAAGAACUGGUAUGAAGGGAGGAUCCCUGGCUCCAGUAAGCAGGGGAUUUUCCCCGUCUCAUACGUCGAUGUCAUCAAGGGAUCCCCUUCUAAAAGUCCCGGUCACCGUGUAGACACCUACAGGGUGCAGAAGCCCCAUCCUGCUUCCCUUGGCUCCGCCCCUUACCCCCACCUCCAAGAGGUCACCAGUGAAUGGUUGUCUCUCACUCUGGGCGUCACAGCCUUUUCCCCUUCUCCCUGUAGCACCCCUGUCCCGCCCACUCCACCACCCCUUCCCAGCAUCCUCCACUGUCCCAGUACCCCCCCACCCACUCCUCCACCGCUCACUCAAGCACCAACCACACUUCAGCACUCCUCCAUGAUCUCAAAUUCAUCUCCGCCUCCUCCUCUUAUGGCCCCACCUCUUCUACACAACCCCGCCUCUCUUGUGACAGACCACUCCCACUUAUUUAACAGCGGAAAUCAUUUUCCAGCCGCACAGACAACACGGUUACAAAAGAAGCUGAGUUCAGAUCAGAAUCAAGAGCUGUACAUCGUAGAAGCAGAGGCGACCGGACAUAAAACACCGACCGCAGAACAGCAACAAAGCCGAGAUCUAGCGACGCUCAUAACCGAUACAAACCCCUACGACAAAAUUCUGACCAUGUUCCUUGGUAAGCAUUUAUCACAGGAGGCGGAAAACAUGGAGCCUUGCACACCACUGGCUGACGAGUCAUCUAAAACCUGUGUGCUAGUGUCACCUGAUAGGUUAACUCUAAAGAAACCAUGCCAAGAGCCCGUGAGGCUGACCAGCCAAUCAGAAAAUCCACCUGAUGAUGAGGGGAUAUAUGGGGAAUGGUCAAGCAUACUGAAUGACAAACUCCCAGAACCUCACAGCCCAGUGACAGACAGCUUUGGGGCGGGGCUUCCUAAGUUGUACAUACAGGAAGAGGGCGAUGAGCCAAUCAGAUCUUCUGUUUUCAGUUCUAUAAACGAUACUUCGACACAAGAGGCCGAUCCCUCUGCUCUUGUCAGGCCUCAUCUCUCAAAGCCUGAUCACUCCCCAUCACCGGCCCCUUCUCCUCCUCCUCCUCAUGUGUCCUCCCCCUCCCCUAAUUCCUCCACUCACAGUACAUCCCUCCAUCUUUCUCCUCCCUCUUCUCCUGUCCCCUUGUCCCUUGUGCAAACUCCCCCAUCCUCCCCUCAACCCUUCUCCUCAUCUCCUGCCCCUUUGCCUGCAUCUGAGGAGAAGCCGUCCUCGUCCUGUUGCUCCCCUCCUCCCUUUUUUCUUACCUCCCUUCCCGCUUCUCCUCAUCCUCAUUUUCCAUCAUCUUAUAUACACCCUCCUCCUCCUCCUUCUUCCUCCUCUUUUUCUUCCUCUCCCCCUGCCCGCUCUCUGUCUCCUCCCAUCCCUUCCUCUCAUCCUCCAUUUUACCCAUCACGGCAACCUCUCCUGCCCACCAUCCCUGCCUCUCCACCGUCUUCUCCAGUCCCUCUCUCAGAGCGAACCACAUCUCCCACAAUUCCCCUCUCCUCUCCAGUCCCUCCCUCAGAGCGAACCACAUCUCCCACAAUUCCCCUUUCCUCUACAGUCCCUCUCUCAGAGCGAACCACAUCUCCCACAAUUCCCCUUUCCUCUCCAGUCCCUCCCUCAGAGCGAACCACAUCUCCCACAAUUCCCCUCUCCUCUCCAGUCCCUCUCUCAGAGCGAACCACAUCUCCCACAAUUCCCCUCUCCUCUCCAGUCCCUCCCUCAGAGCGAACCACAUCUCCCACAAUUCCCCUCUCCUCUCCAGUCCCUCCCUCAGAGCGAACCACAUCUCCCACAAUUCCCCUUUCCUCUCCAGUCCCUUUGUCAGAGCGAACCACAUCUCCCACAUCCUCUCCAGUCCCUCCCUCAGAGCGAACCACAUCUCCCACAAUUCCCCAGUCCACCCCCCCUUUCGUCACUCCUCCCUCCAUCAGUGCGUCUCCUCCACCUUUGAUUCCUCCUCCUGCCCUUUCCUCCCCUCAGUCCUCCAGUGUCCCCUUGUCCCGCACUCCUCCACGUUCUCCUCCUCUCUCCACUCCACCACUGUCCCCCAGGUCACAGCCGCGUUCUCAUCACAUCAAGACGCUUUAUAGUCAUGCAGCGGUGGUUGAUGGGAAGCCGCCGCUCAGCCCUAUUUCCACCAGGAGGCGCUGUUUAUCGCCCUCUGUUUCCUCCAGUAGAGUACGCAGGAGAAUGAUGCAGGAUUCACUCCAUGGAGCCGGAGAGCCGUUCCAGGCCGUGUAUAACUACGUGCCCCGGAACGAAGACGAGCUGGAGCUGCGAGAGGGUGAUGUGGUCGACGUGGUGGAGAAGUGCGAUGAUGGCUGGUUCGUAGGAACGUCUCGGAGGAGCCGGCUGUUCGGAACGUUCCCAGGAAACUACGUUAAGACUCUUUAAUGAAGACCGACGGCACAAGAAUUGAGGCCCGGUGUGGAACCUCGACCCUCCCUGCGUGCGUGUGUGUGCGUGUGUGUGUGUGUGUGUGUAUGUUCUCAUGUUUUAGAGCUCACUAGCCAUCUCUAGCCAACACUUUUAUUUUCUCCUCCACUGAAGUUUUGCUUCCAUCCUGAAUCAGGAGCUCAGCAGUGUACUCCAUGCUCCGUAAUAAUAUUCACAUUAUUUAUUAGCUGUAAUAUUUUAAUAAGCAAUAGUUUAUCAUUUCAGGAGGUUACGAGUAGGAGAGAAGCUCUGAGACGUGAUUGGUGGAAAGAAAUGAUUGACAGACUGACCGACGUCACAUAGAGAGAGAAAAAAGGUCGCUGACGUCCCACCAGGUUUCUUGUGGGUGUGGGCGUGGCCUGUCCAGUGGCUCACAAAAUGAUAAAAGCCAAAAUGACAAUAUGGUACAUUGUAUACCGUAUACGAAUCGCUUUUUAGGACUUUGCUAGGUAUUUGUAUCGUUUAAAAUUGUUUAUGUAAUGCUGUCCCCUCCCCCCAAAACCGCCAAACAGACGUCACGUGAACUGAAAAUAUUCCAAAGUAAUAUUUCACUUUAUUUCAUCUGUAUUUAGUGAUACCGUUAAAUCCGAUCUAGCGAGCAAGCUAGGCCAGUAUGUUAGCCGAUACUAGCUAGGACGGUGUUGCCAUGGUUACAGUGUGCACAAUUUGUGACUUGUUUAUUUUUGUUUUUUUUUCCUGGCCAAAAAACAACUAGCGUGAAAGCAGCGUAAAGGCCCCGUCGUAUGUCACGCGGAGACGACGUCCGGCUCUCUUCCACGGACACUACGGCGUAACUGCGGAGAAAAGACGGACGCUGCGUAAUUUAAUACUCUCACGUAACACUUGCGUAUUAUUUCUCUUUGGUGUUUCUGCAUAGUAUAUGGCAACCGUUCAUUUAUUUCCUAUUUUCUGAUAGGCAAUAAUACAAAACUGCUAUUUUUGGAAGCGCAUUCAAGUCAUCAAAAUCCAUCAAAACAUUUUCGAUGUAAAUGUAACAAUCCAUGCAGUAGAGGGAUAUGGAACUAAAUCAGCAGGCCUAACUCUUCAUGUUCGGUAUUUUGUCCAUGUUUAUACGAUAAAGCGGUCUUCGUACCGCUGUCACGGAAUCCGUAACAGCGCCACCUGCAGUACUGGAGCGCCCAGACGUGACGUGGAGAACGUGGCAGUUUUUUAGCUCGCGACGUCGUCUCCGCAUUAAGCGCGCGGAGGUGUUUAGUGGACGCAGGUUUUUGAACUCAGGAGCGAAGGACGUCAUCAGUGCGCAAGCAAUAACCUUGUUUCCAUCCAGUAAAGGCCGAAAUGACGUCGAUGAUGAAGUAUUACUCUCCUAAACAUGGCACUCAGCGAGUGUGUAUUAGAUGGUGAUGAUGAUGGUGAUGAUGAUGGUGAUUUCUGUAUGAAUCCACAGUAUGUUCCUCUAUUUAAAGACUUUUACACAUCGCCUGUUUCAAAAGCGAAGAAAGUGUCGGAAAAAAGACGGAAAAACAGCUGGAUUUUCCGCAUUGUUGCGUUUGUGUACGGAAUGAAGUUCGAUGCCCCGUCCGUGCCACUUUUCACUCUUUUUUUCUUCUUCUUCUUCACUUUAUAAGAACACAACGUAACAGGAUGUUUUGACGAUUGUGAUAUUUUAUAUGAUUCCUGUUUUCUUGUCACCAGAGUUCUGACGUUACAGAUGUUCAGUGUUCAGAGUGGCGAGUGUAGCCGCACCUUACGUACACGAGUUAUACGUUUGUGUUCAUAAACCUCACAGGUUGUUUUUUUUUUGUAUAUUAACGAAAUCCACUUGCUUUAUAAAGUCACUUUGCUCACACACUCAUUACGUUGGGUUUCAUUUCAUUUCCAUUUGAAUUCGGUUUUUUAUUUGGAUUGUGCUUUUAACUGUACUGUAGACGCUGUAGAUUUAGGUCCCUGACGAACAAGCCAGAGCGACAGCGGCGAAGAAAUGCUCCCCGAGACAACGUGUCCUCUUCCGGGUGACACCGGAUAACGGGAUGAUGAAUCUACAACUGCAUAUUAUGAAGUCAAAAUGUAUUAAUCAGCCGUAUUCAAUCCCAAAACGAUGUACGUAUUUAUAUGGGGAAAGUUCCUCGUAUUCAGAGUCGGGUCACGCAGGCACUCGGGUUGAUGUUUGGUAUAUAUUUAGUUAACGUUUCGAUUUUUCUUGAGUAGAACCGUCCGGAAUGCGUUUUUAAAUCUAAAAAAAAAUUGCGUCUAGAAAAUUCACACUGAAGAUGUAGACCGUGUCCAGAUUUAUCAAUUAGCGUUUUAUUUAUUUAUUUAUUUAUAUAUCUCGUGCUCCGACGCUCAAUUCUGUGCGCAACGUAAUGACGCCAUCUGAUGCGAAAUUGAGACGAUGAAAUGCUACGUCAUGUGUAUGCAGGGUCUCUUUUUUUUCCGCGUUUUUAACGAUGUUUAUGCGAAUUAAUCAAAUAAAGCCGAUGUUUUUGUUCGUUCGAUGCAACCUGCGGUCCGAAGGACAAGCUGACCAAGCACCCGUCUGCAAGCUCGAGCCGAUAUCGAAUCACGUAGGAAAUGUGAACUUGAGUUCAACUAACCGAGACACGCCUCUGUUCUGCCAAGCUCCGCCCAGCAUGUGUAACUCUGCACUCUUGUAACUUCUGGAGUCUGUAGUCGGUCCGAGGUCUGAAUAACGCAAUGAUGUGUGUAAUUUCGGUGUUAAACGGUCUUCACUACAUAUGCGCAGACCUCAACUCUGAAUACGUGUGAAUAAGAGUCUCGGGUCGGGAACACGACAUGUCUGUAUGAUUACAGCGGCAGAAUUAGCAUUAUCACAAUAUACAAACCGAGACAUGUUUACUGUCUGUUUAUUGUUGCGUUGGAGCCGCGAGGCUAAUAGGUAGGGAAGGCUACCAUAUAGCUACCAGUGGCUAUACUGUAAGCUGACAAAAUGACUAAAUUGGCUACAUUUGUGUACAAAUUUCAUUUUGACGAAAGUUAGGAACUGUAAAAAUCAGCACACGCUUUGUCUCCAGCAUUACCAUGAUGUGCCAAAAUAUUCCUACUUAUAUACAAAACAAGUAAAUAUGCAAAAAAAAUAACAAUAAUAAGUUAGCAAUGGACAAUAUUUUUGGACCAGAAAUGAGCUUUACCUCAACGACAGGACUGAGUUUGGGGACACGUCCUAUCUCUCAGACUUUUUUCGGGGCUGUGCGUUGGCACAUUAGAUAUAUACGUGAAGUGAAAUCUUUCUUCUACACACACGCUGUCUCUCAGUAUCUAAUAAACUCCUUCUCAGUGA